AUCACCUGCAAAAAGUGACGAGGGUAGGUAUCAUUCAUUUCAUUCUGGUGCUUUUCCGAACCACACCUUGUUCCGCAGCCAGGUUCCAGAGUGGAAGUCCCCGGCCUGUCCGUUUUUUCUUCCUUGUAAAACCACCGGUUCACCUUUUGUCUCUCUUCAACCAUCAUAUCAAGCUGUUCCCCUGAGUAUCCUGCUAUUAUUCAGACGUGGUUCACCUGCUCGUUUCCUGACGGAUAUCCGACUUGGAUCCCUUGGCUCCCUUCAAUUCGGUGCUAUCUGUGCUAUCUCCCCAAUCUCUCGCCUUGAUGAGUGCGUCGACGUUUUCGGACGCUUCCCUGGCCCGUGAUUCUCAGAGCGCGGACUUCGACUUGAUCGUUCGCCAGCAGCCCACCCGGGCGCGCGUGGCUGGUGGGAAGGAGAAAGAACGCAAGCCAGUUGAUCCGCCUCCAAUCGUGCAGAUUCGAGUGAGAGAGGAGGGGACCUAUCUCGCACAACAUUAUCUUCAGAGUCCCUAUUAUUUUAUGUGCUGCAGCCUCUACGAUGCUUCAGAAGACAAUCCUGUUCCCGUGGCUCCAUCCACCGCACUAACUGGUACACUGGUCUCCUCGCUUCACCGGUUGAAGGACGUGGACAACAGCGAUGGAGGGUUCUUCGUUUGGGGAGACCUGUCCGUGAAGAUCGAGGGCGACUUUCGACUCAAAUUCACUCUCUUCGAAAUGCGCAAGGAUGAUGUAACUUACCUAAAAUCCAUCAUUACGGACCGCUUCACUGUUUACCCUCCAAAGAGCUUCCCUGGAAUGGGAGAGUCGACCUUUUUGUCUCGAUCAUUUGCAGACCAAGGAGUAAAAUUGAGGAUCAGAAAAGAACCGCGGACGCUGAUAAAACGACCACCCCCACGACCGGAGGAUUAUCCUCAGCCGCUUCCACGAUCUCCAGAUCGCUCGUCAAUUCAGAUGUCUAGUAACGCAUUCAGCGGGUACCCUCAAACAGCAGGCAGAGACUACGCGUCGUACUACGGAGCGGCGCAUCCAACAAAACGAGCACGGAUGUCGUCGAUUGACAUGGGCACCAGAGGUGUCUAUGAUGCAGAUGGCCGACUUCGCCAGAUGGAUGCUUACCCUCAGACUGCAAUAUACAAUCAAGCUCAGGGCUAUCCGGCUUCUAUGAUGCAGGGUUAUCCGACGGGGCAUGCGGGAGUUCCUGACUAUACGCUGACUCCGGAACAGAUGAGUUACGGAAUUCCGGCUUCGGCUCAGGUACCCCAGAUGCAGGAUCCAAGUGUUCACAGUCGAUCGAGUCAACAGGCGACGAUGCAGUCUCUUGGGAUGGUAAAUCAGCCUGGCACGCCGACAGCGGAUGCAACAGGGGCGAUGAUGUCUCAAGGCUAUCCUCGAUCCCAGCAAUAUCAGACCAGCUCAACGAUACUCCCUCCUCUGCAACGGAACCGCAACUUUCCCCAGGGGACAAAUGGGGCGACGGCUCGAGGUUACUUUGAUCAAUCGUCUCAAGCGGCUACACCAAUUCUACCAUCUCAGCCCAUGGGUACGAACGAGGCGGAGCGAUACGGUUCCGCGCCCGGUCAGCCCCCUUUCGACCAUCCUGGUUCGGCGAAUGGCACCCCCCGAUAAGCGAAUUGACGUCCAGAUGUAUGUGUUCUGAUAUUGACGAUUUCUUUCUUCUCCUUUGCUUUUGGUUUCUUGCUGUUCAUUGUUUGCUAUGGGAUACUUGGAUAGACAGUUCGGUCGGUGUUACUUCAUGGGAACUGAAAUCGGCGGCUCUUGGGGAUACAUGGCGCCUGGGGAAUUAAAAUGGGUCACCAGGGGUUUUAUUGCUACGUCUCUUGCUCUUGCUUCUCUUGUUUCCAGGAUGACGGUUACGAGGGAGGGUACUACUGACUUCGCUGUAUAUAUUAUUAUUUUUUGACCUGGAGCAGUAUUAUGACCUG